AAAGAGGAAAAGCUCGUCACGGUAAGAUUUGGUAGUCAAACUCGUUCAUAGAUACAAAUAUACAAACAUAUAUAUACACUAACUAUAAUGUUCACAGUGAUUAGCUAGGACUCGACGAGGAUUGAUACCAAAUGUGGAGACUAAGAAUUGCAGCUGAAGCUGGAGACAAGACUCACUUGUUCACAACCAACAGUUAUGCCGGUAGACAGAUUUGGGAAUUUGAUGCUAAGGCAGGCUCGCCUGAGGAAUUAGCUGAAGUCAAUAAGGUUCGACAGAAGUUCUCAAGCAAUCCGCCUCGUUUCAAGUCUAGUGCUGAUCUACUUUGGCGCAUGCAGUUUCUAAGGGAGAAGAGGUUUGAGCAGAAGAUUCCGCGAGUGAUAAUAGAUGAUGAACAGCAGAUAACACAUGAAGACGCCAAGAUGGCACUUAAAAGAGGGAUACUCUAUUUUGCGGCCUUGCAAGCCGAUGAUGGACACUGGCCUGCUGAAAAUUCUGGUCCCUUGUUCUUCGAAGCUCCCUUUGUCAUAAGCUUGUAUAUCACUGGGCAUCUGGAUAAAAUCUUCUCUCAAGAGCAUCGCAAAGAGCUGAUGCGUUACAUGUACAACCAUCAGAACGAUGAUGGUGGAUGGGGAUUACAUGUGGAAGGCCACAGUGUUAUGUUCUGUACGGUUAUCAACUACAUAUGUCUAAGAAUUUUUGGGAUAGAGCCUGACCAUGAUGGUCAAGAAAAUGUUUGUACAAGGGCUCAAAAGUGGAUCCUCGACCACGGUGGUGCCACUUAUACGCCUUUGAUCGGAAAGAUUUGGCUUUCGGUUCUUGGAGUGUAUGAUUGGUCUGGUUGCAAACCCAUACCACCGGAGUUUUGGAUGCUCCCUUCUUCUUCUCCUAUCAAUGGAGGCACUCUAUGGAUUUAUUUCCGGGACAUUUUUAUGGCAGUGUCAUACUUGUAUGGCAAAAAAUUUGUCGCUACCACAACACCUCUAAUUGCUCAGCUCCGAGAAGAGCUUUAUCCUCAGCCUUAUAGCAAAAUUGAUUGGAGCCAAGCUCGCCAACAAUGCGCAAAGGAAGAUCUAUACUAUCCACAAUCAUUUGUACAAAACUUGUUUUGGAAAGGUGUUCAUAUGUUGUCAGAGAAUGUCUUGAAUCAGUGGCCUUUCAACAAGCUCAUAAGACAAAGAGCUCUCCGGAAAACAAUGGAACUCAUUCACUACCAUAACGAAGUCACCAGAUACAUUACUGGUGGAUGUGUGCAAAAGCCAUUUCAUAUGCUUGCUUGUUGGAUAGAAGACCCAGAGAGUGAUUACUUUAAGAAGCAUCUCACUAGAGUCGCAGAUUAUAUAUGGAUUGGAGAGGAUGGUCUAAAAAUCCAGUCGUUUGGUAGCCAGUUGUGGGAUACAGCCCUAUCACUUCAAGUCAUGUUAGGUGCUGCUGAUGUUAUUGAUGAUGAGAACAUUAGAGCAACGUUGGUCAGGGGAUACAAAUUCUUGGAGAAUUCUCAGAUAACAGAGAAUCCUCCAGGUGAUCAUAUGAAAAUGUUCCGACACAUUACAAAAGGUGGAUGGACUUUUUCAGACCAAGAUCAAGGAUGGCCUGUUUCUGAUUGCACUGCUGAAAGUUUAGAGUGUUGCCUAAUCUUUGAAAGCAAGCCGUUUGAGAUCAUUGGUAAGAAAAUGGAUGUCCAGAGACUUUAUGACGCUGUCAACUUUCUUCUAAAUCUGCAGGCAAAGCAAGAAUGGAGGUAUAUCAGCGUGGGAGCCAGCCCUUGGAAAAACCUGGCUAGAGGAUCAGUGAUAAUAGCAUUGGCCAGGUUCAAGCAACAGUUUCCAGCUCACAGAACAGAAGAAGUUGAAAGGUUUAUGGUAAAGGGAGUGGAAUACAUAGAGAACUUACAAAUGGUGGAUGGUUCAUGGUAUGGAAAUUGGGGAGUGUGUUUCAUGUAUGGAACCUUUUUUGCUAUAAGAGGUCUAGUGGCUGCAGGAAAGACUUAUAGUAACUGCAAGGCGAUUCGUAGAGCAGUUCAGUUCUUACUCAACACACAAAACGUUGAAGGCGGUUGGGGAGAGAGUUUUCUCUCUUGCCCCAACAAGAAAUAUAUUCCUUUAGAAGGAAACAAGAGUAAUGUAGUGAAUACGGGACAAGCACUAAUGGGUCUAAUUAUGGGUGGUCAGAUGGAGAGAAACCCGUUACCAGUUCAUCGUGCUGCCAAAGUGUUGAUCAAUUCGCAGAUGGAUAACGGUGAUUUCCCCCAAGAGUUGCAACGAAGGCCAACUCUUGAGAGGCAGAGCAGGAUGAGUUUCAUGUGGACAGUAGCGUCGUUGGUCAUAGCUUUAGUGGUUGUGAGGAUCAGCCACUGGUUGUACCGAUGGUUGAACACUAAACCUAAGUGCAUUGGCAAGUUACCUCCCGGGUCAAUGGGUUUCCCGAUCCUCGGAGAAACAAUCCAUUUCUUUAAGCCUUAUGGAUUCUACGAGAUUCCACCCUUUCUCAAGAAGAGAUUAUUAAGGUAUGGACCGUUGUUUCGUACGAACAUUUUUGGUUCCAAAACUGUGUUUUCGACGGAACCAGAUGUUAUCUUCGAGAUUUUCCGGCAAGAGAACAAGUCUUUUGCGCUUGGCUAUCCAGACAUGUUCGUCAAGGUACUUGGAAAAGAUAAUUUGUUCUUCAAGCCCGGAGACAUACAUAAGCACCUCAAAAAAAUUACUCAACAUCUUCUUGGCGCUGAGAGUUUGAAGCAAAAGAUGAUAGGAAACAUGGACCAAGAUAUCCGCAACCAUCUUAGAUUGAAGGCUAGUGAGAGCAGAUUUGACGUUAGAGACACAGUUUUAGACAUGGUAGUGGCGUCAAUGACAUCAAUGGUGAUAAGUAACCUCAAUCCAGAGACUCAAACGAAGCUUAUGGAUAAUAUCAAGUCCUUCAAUUAUGAUUGGUUUCAGUCACCUCUUGCCCUUUUUACGUGGAAGCUUUUUUACAAAGUCCUUAAGGCACGCAGAGAAGCAAUCGAGGUGAUAAAGGAUGUUCUAACGAGGAGGAAAGAGUCGAAAGAGAAGCAUGGAGACUUUGUAGACACGAUGCUGGAAGAUUUGGAGAAAGAAAACACUAUUUUUGACCAAGGAUCGGCUCUAAGCCUCAUUUUCAGUAUACUAGUCGUGGCUAAAGAAGGUGUUCCUAAUAUCACUCCCAUAGCUGUGAAAUUCUUAUCUCAAAACCCAAAAGCCCUUGCAGAGCUGAAGAGAGAGCAUAAGGCGAUCCUACAGAACAGAAAAGAUAAAGAAGGCGGAGUUAGUUGGGAGGAAUACAGACACAGAUACACAAUUCCAGCAGGCUGGAUAGUGGCGGUUGUGCCUGCAAUGGUUCAUUUUGAUGAAGCAACAUAUGAGAACCCUUUGGAGUUUAAUCCAUGGAGAUGGGAGGUUUGAACUUACUCUCUAUUUUCAACCUCCUUUGGUCUCCACUUCUGUAAUUAAUAGAAUUUUCGUUCGUUG